AUGAACUCGACAUUUGAUCCUUUUACGCAGAACAUCACUCUGAUUGGUUCCGACGGGACAACCAUCAUCUCAUCAAUGGGACAAGCGGACGACUUCCUGCACUACAUGCUUCGUCUAAGCAUCAACUAUGGCACCCAGCUCGGUGCAUGCAUCGUCCUCCUCCUAGUCCUCUUGCUGCUGACAAGACCAGAAAAGCGCGUCUCAUCCGUUUUUGUGCUGAACGUUGCUGCGCUACUUGCCAAUAUCAUACGACUGGCCUGCCAGCUCAGUUAUUUCUCGUCCGGAUUCGCUAGAAUGUAUGCGUUGCUGGCUGGUGACUUUUCCAGAGUGUCACGCGGUGCUUAUGCCGGCCAGGUCAUGGCAUCUGUGUUCUUCACUCUUGUCCUUAUCUUCGUGGAGGUCUCCCUGGUGCUUCAGGUUCAGGUUGUCUGCUCCAACCUGCGUCGUCAGUAUCGGAUCCUACUUCUCGGUGCCUCGAUCCUUGCUGCCCUUGUUCCGAUCGGCGUUCGCUUGGCUUACUCGGUCCUAAACUGCAUGGAAAUCAUGCACGCAGGCACCAUGGACCACCUGGAUUGGCUGGAGAGUGCCACCAACAUCGUGUCAACCGUCAGCAUCUGCUUCUUCUGCGCCGUCUUCGUCGUCAAGCUUGGCCUAGCCAUCAAAAUGCGCAAGAGGCUGGGUGUAAAGCAAUUCGGACCGAUGAAGGUCAUAUUCAUUAUGGGUUGCCAAACUAUGACCAUCCCAGAAAUUUCGCAUAACCUCCUAACCCUCGUCACCAUCUCGCUCCCUCUUUCCUCCAUUUGGGCUGGAUUCGCCCUUGACCAGGCGAACUCCACCGCGAACUCUACAGCGUCCCGUCACAAUCUGUGGAACAUGCUCUCCUCCGACAGCGCCGUGAGAGACAAGUCCAGCCCGUGUAUCAGCUCCUCUAUGACCUCACCGAACACCACAUGUUACUCACAGCAGUCAACCGGUAAACCUCAGCAGGACCCGGAGAACGGGUUCGGCAUUUCGGUGGCGCAUGACAUCUCCGUCCAUAGCUACCGAAAGGAUCCCCACAGGGAUGUGUGA